AGAGUAUGUUAUUCCAUCCUUGGCCCACAGAUUCAUGGCAGAGAUGGUGGAUUUCUUUAUUCUCUUCUUUAUAAAAGCAACCAUUGUCUUAAGCAUUAUGCACCUCAGUGGAAUAAAGGAUAUCUCUAAGUUUGCUAUGCAUUAUAUAAUAGAAGAAAUAGAUGAAGACACAUCCAUGGAAGACUUGCAGAAAAUGAUGGUUGUGGCGCUUAUAUACAGAUUAUUAGUUUGUUUCUAUGAGAUAAUUUGCAUUUGGGGAGCAGGUGGAGCGACCCCAGGGAAGUUCCUGCUAGGGCUUCGAGUUGUGACAUGUGAUACAUCAGUGCUUAUUGCACCAAGUCGGGUUUUAGUGAUUCCUUCCUCAAAUGUUAGCAUUACAACGUCCACUAUACGAGCUUUGAUCAAGAAUUUUUCUAUUGCUUCUUUUUUCCCUGCUUUCAUCACACUGCUGUUUUUUCAGCAUAAUCGAACAGCCUAUGACAUUGUAGCAGGGACCAUUGUGGUAAAAAGAAAUGGGGUCAGAUGAUGCCCCAAAAAGCCCUGAAUUCCAUACUCUCUGGAAUAAUGACAAGACUAAAUUAUAUAUCAAGGCCAUCAGUAUCCCUGGGUUACAUUAACUGAUGAUUUAGAAAUUAAAGCAGUUGCUCCAGUGUGAUGCAGGUGACUAUGCUGAAAGUAUUGAUUUUACUUGAAUGUCAAAGAACUUCUCCAGAAGAAAAACCUGUUAAGUUCAAGUGUUAAAAUUUUUAGAUUGAACCGAAGGCAAGUGGUGUCAUAAUCAACAACGGACAGUAUAUACAUAAGAUCUAAGGUAUUUAUUAGAACUUGCUGAGAGCAUUUUCAGCUGUGAAAUCUCCAAACGAAACUUUAACAACUUAUUCUGGUUUAUCCCAAAUGAUGGAAAACGUCCAGCUGUGUUUAGUGUACACACUCACCCUUUAGUAACACUUCCUGAGGCAAUUUUUGUCUUUGCUUUUUGGGGGGAGGGAGUGGGGACACACAUUUGAUAAGCCACUUAGCGCCCAUCCCAGGAGCGGGUGAGUGAGUUAGCUGCAAGAGAGAGGGGAAAGUGAGGCCAGCGAGCAGUUCCCUGACUUGAAAUUUUAAAAUCUGUACUGCAGUUUACUGCAGGAAUGAUGUAACUUUAUAACUAUUCUUAAUGCCUAAACAUGUAUUUGGGGGCAGAUUUUGCAUGAUGAUGAAAAAGUAUAAGUCAUAUUGCUAUCUUAUCCUUGAUUUUUUUUUUUUUUUAAAGAAAAAGGUAAGUUAGUGAUUGCUUUUAAUGGGGUUGGGGGGGAGGGGUAAGUUUUCACUGUAAAUUUAAAUUGAAACUCAUGUGCAAGUGUUUUCAGUGCCCUAAAUCAAACCAUAAAUA